AGGCUUGUUUGAUUCAUCUUCUUUGAAUGAGUAGGAUAUAAGCGGGGCCUUUAGAAUAAAAUUCAUCGUAAGCUUUUGUUACUAUCAUAUUAUUCAUAACAACACAGCGGUUUCUUGGCGACCGGCGUCGUAGUCGCGUCAAUACUUUUUCGCGUUCUCAUCCGCAUGUAUUUUACUUAUUGUUAGUCGAAUUUUUAACAAUUAACAUUACCUACAUACACAUAAGAAUCAACUGGAAUUGCAUAUUGUUUUAUACAAUAUUAUUAUUAGUGUCCAUAGUGUGUUGAUUAUUGCUGUUGGAAAUUCUUUUUUAUACUUAAUUAGAGAUUGAAAAUUGAAAUAGAUCGAAAUUUGUAGAGAAUGGAUGCUGGACUUAAGCACAAAAAACCACCAAAUCCUCGAGAAAAUUGUAAUCCCAUAUCAGCAGCAACUUUUAUGUAUACAAUCCCAACGUUUAUGGAUGGAUAUAAACGUGAAUUAGAAGUAACUGAUUUAUACGAAACUUUCUCUGAACACAAGUCAAGUACAAUUGGUGAUAAAUUAGAAAAUGCAUGGAAUAAAGAAGUAGAAAAAUCAAAAAUCGCAAAGAGAACACCUUCCUUGAGAAGGGCUUUAAUAAGAGUUUUUGGACUCGAAUUUAUGGCCUAUGGUAUAAUUCUACUCCUAACAGAAGUGUUCGUAAGAUUGACUCAACCCAUGUUUCUUGGUAUGGUGGUUAAAUUUUUUAUGCCUUCUACGGCAGAUUUAUCGUUAAAUGGUGAUGGUUAUGGGAUAAAUUCCACGAAUAAUUCAAUAGGUCAACCAUUAGCAUUGGGUCAAUUAAUUUAUUUCUACAAACCCGGUCAAAAAGAGAUAACACAAGCUGAAGCUUACUGGUAUGCCGCUGCUGUGGUUUUAUGUUCCCUUAUAAACGUUCUUGUUACUCACCCUUAUAUGCAGGGUAUGCUGCAUCUGGGGAUGAAGAUGCGAGUGGCUUCUUGCUCAUUAAUAUAUAGAAAAGCUCUGAGACUUAGUAAAACGGCAUUAGGUCAAACUACAGUCGGUCAAGUGGUCAACCUUUUGUCCAAUGAUGUUAACAGAUUCGAUGUGGCUGUUAUUUUUGCCCAUCAAUUAUGGGUUGGACCAUUGGAGACUAUUAUAGUUACGUACUUCAUGUACCAAUUGGUUGGAAUUUCAGCUGUCAUUGGAAUCUUUUUCCUUCUCAUGUUCAUUCCUUUACAGUUUUAUUUAGGAAAACAGACGUCCGUAUUACGCUUAAAAAUUGCCUUAAGGACUGAUGAAAGGGUGCGCCUUAUGAACGAAAUUAUACAGGGUAUUCAAGUGAUAAAAAUGUACACGUGGGAAAAACCUUUUGCAAAACUUGUGGCCUUAUCUCGUAGGUACGAAAUAAAAGCUAUUAGGGCUACGUCCUACAUCAGAGGAAUCGCAUUAUCGUUUAUAAUGUUUUCAACCAGGAUUUCUAUUUUUGCAAGCAUCCUUGCCUAUGUUCUACUGCAAACCGGCUUUGCAGAAACUAUUAAUGCCGAACAAGUUUUUGUUCUCACCGCGUUUUAUAAUAUUUUGAGGCCGUCCAUGACUGUGUUCUUCCCUCAAGGGAUUGCCCAGGUAGCCGAAGCUAAUGUUUCCGUGAACAGACUGAAUAAAUUCAUGCUAUAUGAAGAAACUAUUGUGCCUGCUAAAAGUCCGGAAACCAGUGGAAAGAGCGAUGGUCAAUUAAACUCAAGCGAUGAAACUAAUAGACUUACGGAUUCUUUGAAAGACGAUGCCUUCAGGGAUGAUAUAGCCAUUAAUGUUCAAAAUGCUUCGGCGAAGUGGAGUAGUACAUCGAUUGAAAAUACCUUGACUAAUGUUAACUUAAGGGUAAAAAAGGGUAGUUUAGUAGCCGUGAUUGGACCAGUAGGGAGCGGUAAAACAAGCCUUCUGCAUGUAAUUCUUAAGGAAUUACCAGUAAUGCAAGGGAACGUAGAUGUUAAUGGCGUUGUCAGUUACGCUUCGCAAGAGCCAUGGCUGUUUGCAGGAUCUGUGAGACAGAAUAUUCUCUUUGGACAGUCUUUGGAUAGGGAGAGAUACAAAACGGUGGUCAGAAAGUGUGCCUUAGAAAGAGACUUUACAUUAUUACCUUAUGCCGAUAAGACCAUUGUGGGAGAAAGAGGAGUGUCACUUAGUGGUGGACAAAGAGCUCGCAUCAAUCUUGCUAGAGCCGUUUACAAAGAUGCAGAUAUUUAUUUAUUAGAUGACCCACUUUCUGCUGUUGAUGCGCACGUGGGAAAACAACUUUUUGAAAGUUGUAUUGCAGGUUACUUGAAGGAGAAGACGGUAAUUUUGGUAACGCAUCAACUUCAGUACUUAAAAGAUGCAGACCGCAUAGUUAUUCUUGAAGAUGGUUUGUUGAAAGCUGAAGGUACUUAUAGCGAAUUGCAAGAUUCUGGUUUGGAUUUCGCCAAGUUACUUAACGACCAAUCUGAUGAGACUGAGAUUGAGACAGACAAAAGUCAACCGCGGCAAAGAUUGCAGUCGAUUCAAAGCAUCUCUUCAAAUACCGACGAUAAAGGUCCAGUACCAAUGGAAGUCGAAGAACAAAAGGGCGCAGGCGCUAUUGGAAGUUACGUUUAUAAAGCAUACUUUAAAGCGGGCGGCAACAUUUGCGUAAUUUUUAACAUGUUCAUGCUUUUCUUUUUGUCGCAAGUUGCUGCUAGUUUAGGGGAUUAUUUUAUAACAUUCUGGGUAAACUUGGAACAAUUACAAGCCGAAAAUGGUUCAUAUGCUAGUAAAAGUCCGUUUCCAGGAGAAGAAAUUUAUGAAAUAGCAUUAAUAUCCAACGGUACUUCUUCAGUAAUGCCCAACGCUACGAGAAGUAGCUCUAACUUUUUCGGUAGUUCUAUACUGGACCUUUGGCAGCCAUCUCAAAACGUUUGCAUAUAUAUUUACACUGGAUUGAUAGUAGGAACGGUAAUCUUGUCCCUGAUUCGAUCAUUUGUAUUUUUCGCUGUUUGCAUGAGAUCUUCUACAAAGCUUCAUGACAACAUGUUCGACAGCAUAACUCACGCCACUAUGCGUUUCUUUAAUACGAAUUCUUCAGGAAGAAUAUUGAACAGGUUUUCCAAAGAUAUGGGUCAGAUUGAUGAAUUGCUUCCCGGAGCUCUUAUAGAUGUAUUGCAAAUAAGUUUAGCUCUAGUUGGUAUAAUUAUUGUUGUGGCAAUUGUAAAUCCCCUUUUGAUGAUUCCCACUUUCAUUAUUGCUGUCAUAUUCUACUUGUUAAGAAUAUUCUACUUAUCAACUAGUCGGUGUGUUAAAAGGUUGGAGGGUAUUACUCGAAGUCCCGUAUUUGCUCAUUUAAAUGCAUCUUUGCAAGGAAUGACUACCAUAAGAGCAUUUGGAGCCCAAAAAAUUUUGGAAAAGGAGUUCGAUAAUCACCAAGACUUGCACAGUUCUGCGUGGUACAUUUUCAUUUCUACGUCUAGAGCGUUCGGGCUCUGGUUGGAUUUCAUUUGUGUUAUUUACAUAGCUGUUGUAACACUCAGUUUUCUGGUAUUUGGAGAUGAAAAGUUUGGCGGAAAUGUCGGAUUAGCCAUAACUCAAGCCCUGGGUCUUACGGGAAUGUUCCAGUGGGGGAUGCGACAGUCUACAGAAUUGGAAAAUCAAAUGACUUCAGUAGAACGUGUUUUGGAAUAUAGUGAUGUUGAGAAGGAGAGAGGUCUGGAAACACCCCAGGAGAAGAAACCACCGAAGAACUGGCCAGAAAGGGGUACAAUAACGUUUAUCAACUUGUAUCUCCGGUACUUUCCGCAAGACCCCCCAGUACUUAAAAGUCUUAACUUCACAAUUCACGAUAAGGAAAAGAUAGGCAUUGUUGGGAGAACUGGUGCUGGAAAAUCAUCUUUAAUUGCUGCCUUAUUUCAAUUGACUGAAACAGAGGGGCACAUUUAUAUCGAUAAUGUGGAUAUAAAAAAUUUGGGAUUGCACGAUUUGAGGUCAAAGAUUUCUAUUAUACCUCAAGAGCCCGUACUGUUCUCUGGAACCAUGAGAAAAAACUUGGAUCCCUUUGAUGAAUAUGAUGAUGACACAUUGUGGAAGGCGUUAGAAGAAGUGGAACUGAAGGAAGUUGUCAGUGAUUUAGCAUCAGGCCUCAAUUCAAAAAUGAGCGAAGGAGGGACAAAUUUCAGUGUUGGCCAGAGACAACUGGUAUGUUUAGCAAGAGCCAUAAUUCGAAAUAAUCGAAUAUUAGUGUUAGAUGAAGCAACAGCAAAUGUUGAUCCACAAACAGAUGCCCUUAUUCAACACACGAUAAGGAAAAAGUUUGUAGAUUGUACAGUACUUACAAUUGCUCAUCGAUUGCAUACUGUAAUGGACUCUGACAAGGUAUUGGUUAUGGAUGCUGGGUCUAUGGUCGAAUUUGACCACCCACAUAUUUUAUUACGGAAUACUAAAGGAUUCCUCUACAGUAUGGUUCAACAGACUGGAAGAGCAAUGGCAGAAACAUUAAUGAGAAUAGCCGAACAGAGCUACAAUAAACAUAUAGGUGCAAGCAGUCAGUUUUAGAAAACGCAACAUUAGAAAAUUGUUAAUGUUAAAUUAUAUAUGUUAAAUAUAUAUUUUUUAUACGUUGUUCUUAGUGCAAUGAAAAUUUUCAUGCAAAAUGUGAUCUGCUGUCAGAUACCAAAGUUAAUUAAUUAUGUAUAACGAACGUUUUAUCCUUUCAUUGUUUUAAU